AUGGGGGGAGGAACAGCAGGGGGGAUGCCGUGGGAGGCGCGAGCUUGGCUGGGGCUUCUCGAAGCGAGGGAGAUGCAGGUGGCCGGGGGGAAUACCCUUACCUCGAUCCCACAAUCAAAUGGAGUGCGACAGGGCUCCCCAGAUAGCCCAAUUCUUUUCAGCCGCAUUGUGGCCGACUGCCUUGAAGAGGCGACAAGGGAGACGCAGUACAUGCUUACAUCUGCCAAGGGGCCACCGCCGCCACAAUCUGGGGGGGCGUUUAUGGACGACAUGUACAUCUGGUCGCAUGACCACGCACAUCUGCAGGCAACCCUCGCUAGUUUGGAGAGGAGGCUUGCCCGCCAUGGACUCCUGAUUAGGGAAGACGGCGAUCAUAUUCAGCCAACCUGUUGGGGGGGCGCCCUGCGCAUCGGAGGAGAGGCCGUGAGCUGCAAGCCAUUUGGGGAGGUUAUCACAGCCCUCGGUUCCCCCUUAACGUUCGGAGAGAGCUCAGCAGCGAUCGUGGCCGAAAUGAACCACCGAGCUCGCAAGGCCUUUGGGAAGCACAGCCGACUUUUAUGUGCGCCGUCGCCCAUCAGGGAACGCAUCAAGCUCCACCAGACCUUGGUCCGGGGGUCAGCACUCUGGGGGGGGCAGUCAUGGCCAGUCACAGACGGCAUCUUGAAGGCGAUCAACACCACCCAGUUGCUCCAAGUCAGACGCAUGAUGUGCCCCAACAGACGACCGGGGGAGCGAUGGGAGGAAUGGCACGUUCGUACCAUGAGAGGGGCCCGAGUCGCACUGCAUCAGUCCAAGAUCCUUCGUUGGAGCACAUUCCAGCUGCAGCAUACUUGGGACCUAUAUGGACACAUGGCCCGUGCCGAAGCCGGGGGGAGGCCCAUGCUCACGUGGAAGGACGUUUCCUGGUGGGAGGUGGAGAAAGCCAAGCCCAGAAGAGAGAGGCACACACACGUCAAGUUCAACCCGCUCGCGGAUCCAGAGAGACAAUUGGUGGCCAUCGCGGGGGUGGGAUGGAAGGAGCUUGCUCGCGACUUCAAGGAGUGGGGAGAGAAGGGGGGGCAGUUUGUGGAGCGCUUCGAUGUACCGCCUGGUGGGACACCGCCAGCGCCACCGCUACCGCAACAGCAGCAGCAGGGGCCCACGCUCCAACUCCGCAGCAGCAACCUGCCGGCAGAAGACACUGACCCAGACCAGACGGAGGGGACAGCAGCAGCGGACAAACCAGCGAGCUCCAGCACAGCAGCAGCCGCCACCGACGGACCAGCAGCCACCGACCCCCACCAAGCGGCAGCGGCGACGCAACCGGAGGCAAACACGGCUCCCACUCAAUCUUCUACGAGCCACCAACAGCAAGCGGACCAUGGACCAGCAGGGAACACCCCGGAGCCGCAGCAACAGACAGGAGAGACUGGGACAGCCCUCGGAGGCCAUGCCAACCCACUACCGUUCGGCGAGGCCACCGUUCCCAGCCAACAACAACCGGCGAUGGCAACACAGCAAAGCCAGGCGCACAGCAGUGCAGCAACCACCCCGCCGACAGGGACCGGUCCAACAGGGGCCCAACAAUACCAGCACCAGCAACCUCCGGCAGCAGCGGCGCACACACAAAGAGGAGUGCCACAGACUGAAGCACAGCACCCAGCCAGCAGUUCGCACGAGCAGCCGCCGCAGAGGGGGGACUCCACCAACCCACCGCGACCCAACAAGGGUGAAGACACCAGCCCACCAGCAGCAGGGGGAGGCACCAACAGCGCGAAGGGGGGUAUACCACCAGACCAGGAGCUCGAAGAAGCCCCAAGCAAGGGGCUCUCGGGGGGACCAGACAAGCCGUACCACGAAGGACGCGGCGACCAACGCAUGCGAGGAAAGCGCUUCAAGGCCGCCGUCCAGCAAGCGUUCGCCCAGCGCGGCUGGGACAAACGGGAAGACCAGACGUGGAAGCAAGUGGCGUACAUGGUCGACCUCUACGAGGAAGACGACGAAGAGGUCUGGGCCAAAGUACUCGCAGCCGGCCCGCAACGACGCCCACGCCGGGGACAACAGCAGCAGCCAGCACCAGCAGGGGAUCAAGGGGGGAUCGACUGGGGGCUGCUACUCAACCUCCACACCCUGCCAAGGGGAACAGUCGGAGCCACGCCAACCCAACAACACCAGCGACCCUCGACGGCAGCGGCACAGACCAAGCACGCAGCAGCAGGGGAGCCGCAGGGAGACCCACGCAGGCGCCGUGAAGCAAGCAGCAGCACCCAAGCCCCGCAGCAGCACGAUGAAGACACCAGCAUGUGGGACGGCAUUUUUCAUGUGAUGCUGCUCUCCCACGGAGGGGCAACCCGCCCCCUGACGUUUCCUCCAGAGCUCUUUAUUGAACGAGGGGCGGAAGCACACCUGCGCAGCUUCCCGUAUGGAGUGUGGGCCGGGGUGGUCAUGGUCAAGAACUCCAGAAGAGCACCAAGCUACAACGACCCCAGCAGAGGAUUCUACAGAGUCCGGCUAAGCAGGAGAGAAGGGGGGGAAGACCCGCCAGGGUACAUUGCAGUGGGGACGGCAUUUGCUCUAUUCCCGUGGGGGGCCAUAACCAAUGGCAAACCAGUCAAAUGGCUGGUCCACAUCACCUCGACGCCAGCCCAGCCAGACAGCGACGCCACGGAGCUGCCGGUGGGGACCAGCUACACCUUAGAGCGAAAGGGGGGGACUGGGGGAUGGGGACUAGGCAGGCUUCCACCCAAGCUCGCGCUCCAAUACUUCUACGAUUGGGGGAACAUGAGAGGAACCGGCGCUAUAUAUUGGGGGCUCCCCAGAACCUGGUCGCUCCCUCCGAUCCAUUGGGAGCAGCUCACGGCUCAGCUCAUCCCAUCCCCCAACCAGGCCCGACACCCAGCACUGAACCCCACCUUCGACCACACCCAGGGGGGACAGCACGGUCCGGCACCCAACCCCCCACCUGCGCCGCCGCCCAGCCCGACACAGCCGCAGCCGCAGCCGCAGCAGCAGGGAGAACAACAGCCGCAAAGGGGGGCAGCAAGCACCACCGCCACCAGCCCCACACAGAGUGACACGCAGCAGACAGAAGGGGAAGAGACACAGCUUAUGCAGCGCACUCAGCUAGACGACAGCGCAGCCACUUCCAGCCAUGGGGAAAGCCUGUUCCAGCGACCGAGGCCGCGUCGCAUGCCGAAUGCCGCAGCCAUGGUGCGACACUGGCUGCGAAAGCUUGCCGCAGUCUUGAGCCAGAGAAGCCCGGGGGACAAUGUACAUGUCCUUUUGGAACAAGCCUCGCAAGCGGUGGGGCGCAGCAAGGCAGAGCCAGAGGCGUGCGACAACGGAAGCUUGGCGGGGGGACCCUCCAAGAAGAGACGCAUUAUGAACUCCAUCUCGGUGGCCAGAAUGCGGCUGCAAGACCUCACCGAGGAGGACGAUGUCGACGGCCUGAACGCACACCAAAUUCGCCACGACCUGGAGCAAGCCACCUACGACCUGGCCGUGGGGGAGAAACUUCUACAACACGCCACUACAAAUCAGUGGGGGUUUCAGGUGCAACAGAGUCUGCAGGGGUUGGCUCAGGCCCAGGCAGCGGUACAAACAGCGAUCUCAGCCACAGUACAAGGAGACCUUGACUGGCAUGUGCCAGGUUGGGGACAGGCCGUGGUGGUGUUGAUGGAGGAUGCAGAGCAGUUGCUUGAGGAAGAGGGGCAACUUGACUUCGUGCACCCAGCGGAUGUUGCGGCCCUCUCAGAAGGGGCACAGGAAACCCCUCCGACGCCACUGGGCAGUUGGGGACAGCAACUUGAUGAGCUGAUACGCAACAUUGGGGGAGUCAUGGCCUUUGUGACGGAGGGGCAUGCAGAAGUCAGACAGCUGCUGGCCGCCAUACAAGUCUGGAGAGCGAAAGAUCGCCCGGACGAAGUGGUGGAGAUCGAAACCCAGACGACGGACCAGGGGGAAGGGGCACCCCCUACAGAUGAGGUGCAGCCGUGGAAGCCUCCGCUGGAGGUGGAGCAAUGGCCGGGGAGUAUACCAUCGUCGGCCAACGAGGGGGACACACAGACAAGCGAACCCGGUUUCCCCACGGACGGGGACUUGCUCGACGCCCUCGAGGAGUACGAACAGCAAGAACAGAGAGAGGACAGGAAGCUGUGCUAG